AGCUGCAAAGAGCGGUUCGUUCCGAUGACCGAUGUGUCGGAACGUCUCCGGUCGUUGUGAUACGUGUAGUAUCGUAGUCGGUUGAUUUUUUUAGACUAUUUAGACACAUGACAAAUAUUUCAUUCCUCUAUCUGCAGGAUGCCGAUAUGCAUACCAGCCUCGUGAUGUAUCCUCAUCGCCGGCGACGUUGAUUUUAUAUUUCGUGAAAAUAAUUUCUUAACAUUGACGAGAUUUUAGAAUCUAGAUAGACGAAAUAUUAAUUAUGGAGCGUGGAAAGACCGGGCUCGGAAGAGCGGCAAAAAAUAAGAUCGCUCAACAUCCCUCUGAUUUGUUCGCGUUGGGAUCGAAGAGUUCGCGGAACGACAACUCCGACUCUAAAGGCAGGCCGGGCGUUAUCCAUUCGAAACCAAGCGGCAGUUCUACAUCUGGCAAUGAACGAAAGAAGGAGGCUCCUUCUGGAUCGUCGUUUAUGUACGUCCCGCAGAAGAAGCCCAAGCUGGCCCACGUCGGCGGCUCCCAUCAGCGGCAGCCCUCCUCCAGCGCGGAGGCGUGGGAGGUUUUGAUUAUAGACACCGACCCGGCGGACUUCGUGCCCAUGGCGCUCGAGGCCAACGACAACGACGAGGGCGACAGGGUUAUCGGGAUAAUAUGCGGCGCCAUCAAGACGCUGAAGAAUCAGCGAUGGAAGCCCGACAAUUUGCUCUACAUGGGCCUGCUGUAUCUAGCGAAGAUCCGCCCGUCGAUUUUCUCGAACGACUGCAUACUACACGCGCUGUCGUCCCUCCUGAGGAGGGAUCCGAACAAUCAAAAUAACUACAAGGCCAAAGUGAGCCCGCUGGUCCCUGUGUUAGCUGCGAAUCUCUUGAUGAAAGGUUUCCACGACAAGAAGAACUGGCCGGAAGUGUUCGUGAAGCUGUACGUCGAAGAUGCUCUCGGAGAACGCGUGUGGGUCGACCACGAGGAAUGCAAAGGCUUCGUCGACAAUAUAUUAACGGGUUUUAACACGAGGCAUCCGCCCAAGUCCGUCCUACAGCCGGAGUUCUCGGUACUGAUGCAACGGGAUUGUCCCAGCCCUACUGCGGUGGACGACGAGGAUCCGGCGGCGUCAACGGCAUCGUUGUCCGGGGACAAGGAGAAAAUCGAGUUCCCGGUGGGUCCGCGGUACGCGCAUUGCGUGGAGAAUAUAGAGUCGAUCGUGCUGGAGGCCGUGAAGGAGCAGCUGAACAGACGUCAGGCCGAGACCAUAACGAGAAACUUCCUGAAGCUGCUCUCCUCGGCGUGCGGCUUCGUCGAGAUCCGAAACAUCGCCGUCCCGCGGCUGGAGGUGUGGCUGCACAAUCCCAAACUGAUGAGACCCGCGCAGGAGCUGCUCAUCUACAUCUGCUACAAUUGCACGUCCCACACCCAGCGGGACGUCGAGGUCAUAAGCCAGCUGGUCAAGAUGCGGCUGAAGACGAAGGCGGUGAUCAACCUGUACCUGAACGGCGUCAAGGAGCUGAUCGGCUUGCACCCGGAGAACCUGGCCACCAUGCUGAAGCACACGAUCUACAACGAGCUGUCGAACGCGCGUAAUCCGAACAACAUGCCCGUGCUGGGCAUAAUGUUUCAGACCCUGCCCGAGCAGGCGGCGAAACUGCUCGCGGAGAUCUUUCAGGAUCUGCUGAUGAACCGCGAGGAUUACUUGCGGCCGCUGCGCGCGCUGCUCAGGGAAAUCGUGAAGGUGUGCCGGCACGACAUCAAUCUCAUCGCCUUCGUGCGGACGUUGAUGUCCGAGCGGCCGGACUUGGCUCAGCAGUUGCUGAACUUCGAGUUCAAGGAUCGCAUGUUCGUGUCGAUCGUGGAUCUGCUCUGUCUGUGCGCGCUCCUGGCGAUCAGCCCGCAGGUGAAGGAGGCGGGGACGCUGUCGCAGCGCGCGGACAAGAAGGACGCGGCUCUGCUGCACCAGUUUCAACAUCUCGUGGCGAUGAUACAGCACGAGACCGUGAUGUGGCUGCAAAACUCGGCGCAGCAGAUGUACACCGUCGGGCGGAACGAGCUGCUGCACGCGAUGCACAAGAUCAUGCUUCUCGAGUCGCCCGAGCAGUACUGCAAGCUGGACAAUUGGCCACCCGACUCGGACAGGGUGUUUUACAUACGGCUGGUGUCCGACGUGCCUCUGCUACAGAGUACGCUGUGGAGACUGCUGAUGAUCGGCUAUUCGAAGGACAACGGCAUUACUCAUUCGGAGGCUCUGGAUUUGGCCGAUCUAUUGAUACGGCGAUCAGCGGUCAACUCGACGGAGAGCUUUCCGAUGUUGCAGAUCGAUAAAAUGGACCUGAUCGACCUUAUUUUUAAGCUCUGCAUCUAUCAGCCACCGGGGACAAUAAAUAUACCCGCUGAGUAUGUACCACCGUCAUUGGCGAUAUCCAAUCUCUAUUGGAAAGGAUGGACAAUGUUAUUAAUUUUGGCUGCACACAAUCCGUCCACAAUUGGCGCGCAAGGUUGGAGGCGAUACCCUAUAUUGAGGACACUGAUGGAAAUGUGUAUUACAAAUCACUUCUCAUAUCCACCACCGACCAUGGCCCUGCCGGAGAUCAUGGAGCAGGAACGGGCGAAGGAAAUGCAUGUUGAAAAUAUGGAGAAACAACAGAUAUUGGAGUACGAGUCGCAUUUGGCCGCGGCGUCGACUAGAAUUCAACUAUCGGAGCAGAAUAGUUUUCUGCUGUCGCAGUUGAUCACCAUGGAUCCGACGGGGAUUGCGAGAAGACCGCCGCUAAACAUACUCGAGCAGCUACAGUCGUUGAAUACGUCUCACAGAUUGGGCCAUCUGCUGUGUCGAUCGCGCAAACCAGACUUCCUGCUGGACAUCAUUCAGAGGCAGCAACAGAGCACGUCCCAGAGCAUGCCCUGGCUGGCGGAUCUCGUGCAAAACAGCGAGGGAUCUCUGAGCCAAUUGCCGGUGCAAUGCCUCUGCGAGUAUCUGCUGUCGACCAGCUCGCAGACGGCCGAGAAGCAGCCCAGGCAGCAGCAGUUGCUGGCCCAUCUUCAGACACUGCUGACCGAUCCGAAUCAAGAUCAGCAGCACGCCUAUGAGGUUUUGGAAUAUUUCUUGAGGCGAUUGAGCAGCCAGCAGAGUAGCAGCCGGGUCCAGGCGAUCACCGGGCUCAAGAUGGUUCUGGACUCGAUACCCCUCGAGGACGAGAGUAUGGAAGUGGACGGGGAAAAUGAAAAGGAGACCUGGCUUCUACGAAAAUUACCGUCGAUACCUCACUUCUUAUCAGUACGUUCGCUGGUUUCUACUGCUCUACGUGGUGCUUGCCAGGUUGAGAACAGUCCGGAUCUCGUGCACACUUACAUAUCGUAUCUGGCCGUACAUACCGUCGACGACGAUUUGCCCGACCUGACCGAUUUGGCGAACGAGAUAUCUCAGUUGGUCGUCGAGCGUAGCACCAUUAUCGCGGCCAUCCUGCCUCAAUCUGAAAGUGACAAUCAGCAAGCCAAGCAAACAUUGCACUCCUUCAUGGCAAUUUUCUGCAACUACCUCGAGAAGGCGCGAUCGCCCAGGGGCGAAGGUUACCAGUGGUCUGAGAGCCAAGAUCAGAUUCUGGUCCAGUGGAGCAGCGGCGAGGAGUGCACUAUGCACAUCCUGGUGGUGCACGCCAUGAUUAUACUACUCACCUACGACACGUCCGAGGACGAUCCGUUGUUCGGUAGCUUGCUGGAAACGUGGUUUCCCCUGAAUAUGGAACAGCCGAAGGCCUUCCUCGUUGACACAAGCGAAGAAGCUCUGCUCAUACCCGACUGGCUCAAACUACGAAUGAUUCGAAGUAACGUGCCGCGCUUGGUUGACGCGGCUCUGAAGGAUCUCGAGCCUCAGCAACUGGUGCUCUUCAUCCAGAGCUUCGGGAUACCUGUGUCGUCGAUGAGCAAGCUGCUUCACACGCUCGACGCCGGCGUCCAGAUCGACCCGGGCUCGGUCGGCGAGGCGGUUCUGGACAAGACGUACAUGGCGCAGCUGGUCGAGGUGCAGCACCGAAGGGGCGCCACGGGUGGACUGGUGUUCGUCGAGGUGUUGCAGCUGCUGGAACCGGAACUGCCGGACGAGAGCGCCGUGUCGAUCGGGAAGCUGCAGCAACCGCUGCCGAUCAGCGCGACGGUGCAGAAGCAGUCCGUGAUACAGUGCUCCGUGAAGACCGACGUGCCGCACUUGAUAAACCGGCUGUUCAUCGAGGGCAUCCCGAUGAGCCAGAAGAUGGACGCCUAUCGGCGUUUGCACAAGACCCUGGCGAAGGAUCUGCAGCGAUCGUGCGCGAAGGAGAGCGGCGCGGUGGUGCUGGCGAUACAGCACAUAUGCAGCGUUCUCAGCUCGAUGCAGGUCAAGCAGUUCCUGGCCUCGCUCGUGCACAUGCCGCAGUACUCGUGCACGCUGAUGCGCGUGAUACUGCUGCCGCUCAAGCGGCCGUCGACGUCGAGGCACGUGAUCGAGCUGGCGCGCAACAUGUGCCUGAACCUGAUAUCGCUGAUCGGCGACGUGAAGGCGCCGGUUCUCUCGAUUCUGCGGGACUUCGCUAACGUGCAGCUGACGAAGACCCCCCAGCGCGCGGAGCUGACGAUGCUGAUGCAGAACCGGCACGGCGAGAGCCCCGGCACGAUAUUGGAGGGCACGGAUCCCGUGAAUCUGGAGAGCGUCGGCCGAAGACUGCUGGAUCUCUGUCUGAAGCAGCAGAAGAACGACGACCUGGUCGAGGCUAUGGCGCGAUUGCUGGUCAGCGACAGUAACGAGGGCGCGCUGAAGCCUCGCACAGGUCUGCUGAUCGAUUGGCUGGCCUCCGUGGAGCCCGAGCUGAUCGGCAUCUGUCCGAAUCUCCAAAUGAAGCUGCUGUUCGGGAAGACGAAGGUGCACAUUAGCAUCGACAACAAUGUCGUGAGCUCGCACUCCUGCAGACCUUACUUGCUGACGCUCUUGACGCACAGAGCAAGUUGGACCACCCUGUACAAAUGUGUCGGACACUUGUUAGACAAAUGUGAUGACGGAUACGAUCCUACUGCAGUUCUGGACUUUUUAUGGGCCCUGACCUGCAAUCCGAAGCUGUGGCAGGGCCGGGACAAGUUCACGCCGAAGCAUUACGUUCCUGAGAAUAUUCUGCUGCUGGAGGAACGGCAGUUGCUCAAUCUCGUGGCGUAUCUAGUCUCCGAGGCCGUUAUCAUCUGUAGAGUGCAGAACAGAAACGCCGCCCUGGCGAGGAUGGAUAUCAGGCUCGAUCUACUGUUGCAUUGCAUAUCCACCGAAGACGGCCUGAUUUCUAACGUGGUUAACCAUUUAGCGGAACGUAUGAUGGAUAAUACUGAGUGCGAAUUUUGCAGUUUUAUACAUUUUACCAGGGUUGGGAAGUAA